AUGACCUCCGUGAUGGACAUGCUGAUGAAGAAUGUGAGUGCGCAGGAGAUGGCGCGAGCCAGGCGGGCCAGCCAGCAGGUGGCGCAAGCUCCGGGGGAGCCUGCCACCAGCGCUGGGCCGCCGGCCGAAGACGACGCUGUCUCUGAGGCCCCACUUGCUCCAGAGAAGGGCGAUGCGAAACUGCCCGCCCUGCCACCGGGUGUCCACCGAUUCAUGAAACAGACCCGGGCAAACCUGGACAAGAGCACCUACCGGAGAUUUCAAGCGGUGCAUUGGGGUGAGGCAAGGGAUGCGGUGGCGAUCGCCUGGAAGGAAGAGGCAGAGAGAAUUCUCUGCGAUUUCGAGUUGAAAUCAUCCAAAGACGCACUUGCCUUCCUGCAGAGCAUGGACUUGUCCGUUGCCUCUUCAGCUACGAUUGAAGCAAAACGCUGUCUCUUGGUGGAGUCGCUGCAGAACGGCCGCAUUCAGCAGGUGGAAGACCGGCUGUGCCUGGUUGCCCUCAAGACACUCGCCCACCUAGAUGAAGUUCCUUCUGGCUUCAAUUUGCGAAGCCGUCCUGACGGCUUCCACGCCGAAUGGAGUGGGAAGAAGGGAAUGCUGCUCAAGGUGCACAAAUCCGCUGCUGCAGCCUGUGCUUUCUUGCAGAGUAUGCAAGCUGCUGAGCAGAGCGGGGCGGUGGAGAAGUCGCUCAAGGAGCUGGAAAAUCAAGGCUCAGCAGCAGGGGAGUCGCAGAAAGCUAUCCGGGCACUGCUGAAGCAUUCGAGCUCGCAAGAACUGGGCCAAGCCGUGCUGGAACUAGCCGAUGCUGAGACUGAGACGCCUGCCGUGCUUGCAACUGCCGAAGACAUUACGGCGGAGUUCCUAGCACCCAUGUCGCAGAUGGGGCCGGAGCUGUGUGUCGCCGAGGUUGGCGUGUACAAGGGAAUGCUGAGGUAUCUGCAUUCUGCGACCGACCCUCGCGGCCUCCUGGCUGCCACUUCCGAUCUUGUCUGCCGGGACUUGAUCUUGAGUUCUGGGACGCCCCUGCGGGACGUGCUGAAGACACCCGAGCUGCAGGAACGCUGGAAGGCUCUCGACGUGAAACCAGUGGGCAUGGUGGUGCAAGGAGGGGCGUCGCCGCAGCAGCAUCACGAAGAUCUGGAGAUCCUGCGCCAGGCAAAUCCGUCCGCCGAGCAGCUGCUGUUUAUGUCCUUCCCCGGGCCUAUUUCAUGGCAGGUGCAAUUCAACAACGGUCUCCAGUGCUGUAGAGCGGAGCCGAACUCCCACGUGGGUCGGAGAGCGGGUAGGACCAGCUUCACAGCAGCCAGACUGGAACAGCUGGGCGUCACGUUCGAGGACGAAGCACGGGCACUGGCACUGAGGGCCAUCCAAGCCACCACGGAAGCAGGGAACAGUCGGCAACAGCGGCUGGAAGCAGGGGCGGCUUACGCACUCCGGAACCUGGCGCUGGAGGCAACAGCCGACCUGGAAUUUCCGGAGUGGCUGGCGCGGCUCGCCCACAACGCCGCCCAGCAGAUGCCUGUGGACGUGCAAGAGCUGCACUGGCUUGCACGUUCGCUGGAGCUGCGGAUACGGUGCACCGUGGACGCAGAGGGGGGAAGCAUUUGCAUAAGUCACAAUGCCCAAAGACUUUCCUUCAGCGCAGUUCUGCGCAGUGGUGUACUGUACAGUAUCCGCUGUUAUCUGGAGGUGCUGCAGUGGGUUGUCGGCAUCAACGAGGAUGCCAUCUAUGGGGAUUGUACCGACGACACCUAUGAUGUCCAUGUGUACUUCCGCUGUCUCACAGGCGAGGACGGCAGACGAUGCAGCCACUUUGAUCUUCUUCUCCCGUAUUCCGAAGGCGAUGAGCAGAUCGGAAUGGUGAUCCCCGUGCCGCCUACAGUGAAGCCCGCCCCUGUUUGUGAAAUGUACAAUGAUCGGUUUCCUGGCCAGCAGAUGGAACCGAUGAACGACAAGCCUGAGGAGCAGAAUCAGGAGAACGUUUUGCAGGGGGAUGAAGUUGAGACGAUGGCCCCGCAGAUCACGGAGGAGCAGAAGGACAAACAGGCCGAGUCCCAGGAGCAGAGAGGGGAGCAGAUAAAGGAGGGAACGGCCAACAGCGAGUCCCCGGAACAGGGCGAGGAGCCGCCGAUGCCUGCGGAGACCCCGAAGCUACUGACGGAGAAUCGCCAGGAUGAGAAUGCAGAGAAAAAGGAGGAGGACACUGAGACCAAAGGUGAGGCCAAGAACGAGCUCCCGCAGCAGAGGCAGAAUCAGCAGGUGGACAUCCCAGACAAGAAUAAGGAUGAGGCAGGUGAGACCAGUCAUCAGGGGCUUGAACAGCAGCAAGAGCAGGCUGACAAGCAGUUGCAUGAUGAGCAGAGGGAAGUUGAGGAACUGGAGGAAGAGGACAAGGGCGAGGGAGGGGAGGAGCAUCAGGAAAGCGACAACGGGCAGCAGGAAGAGGAGCAGCGGCAGGAAAACAACCAGGGGCUGCAAGAAAAGAGUCAGGGAGGGAAGGAGCAGGAGCAGGAACUCAGUGAGGAAGCGGAGGCAGAUGAAAAAGGCGAGGGCGGGGAGAAGGAGCAGGAAGUUGAUGCUGAACAGGAGGAAGAUGAUGAGGGCGAAGGAGAGGAGGAGGAGGAGGAUGAGGAGGAGCAGGAGAAGGAGGAGGAGGAGGAUGAGAAGGAGGAGGAGGAGGAGGAGGAGGAGCAGGAAGAUGACGAAGGUGAACAAGCAGAGGAGGAGGAGGUGCACGAAGUCGAUCCGGAAGUGGAGCCAGAUGAGGAGUCGAGACCUGCCAACAUGGAGACCAUGCUUUCCAUUGGCAAAAUGGAGAUCCUUCAGAGCAUCUUCCAGGGAGAGAAAACGUUGGAGAUCCGCAACCGGCAACUACGGCCUGGCCGCACCUGGGUGUGUCUCAAGGACCGAGUCUACGGCACCGUGGAUGUGGGCAAGCCCUUCCGCAUCUCUGACCCGAAGUUAUGGAAAGCCAGGAAAGCUGACCACUGCGUGCAGAGCAACGUGCCAAUGUACGGAGAGAAGACGUGGGCCAACCCCGUGUCCAACCCUCGUAAGCUCCCAGAGCCUCUUGCCUUUUAUCGCAAACACGGGGCCAUCGGCUCUGUCAAGUACAGGCCAGCGGAGGGAGCCAAGAACAAGAAGGAAGAAAAGAAGGGUGAGGAGACGAACGAGGAAGGUGACCAGUCUCAAAGCACCACUUCGGCGUCCGCUCCCAAGAAGUAUGCCGUGGCCACUCUGUCCCGCACCCUCAUGGACAGAGUGCGGGAGGCAGCCAAUCAGAAGCGGAAGAGCUUCGAGCUCCUCACCACCAGCAGAUACACUGCUGGUGGUGAGAUGCUUCUGGUGCAGACCAAGACGGAUAACAAGGUGGCUAUCCAGGCCUCGCUUGUGCAGCACAGGCGGCUGACGACCACCUGGGAGCUCACCAAGGCUGCUGCCUACAAGCAGGCCACGGCACCCGAACAGACGGCGUGGAAAGCCAGGUUGCACCAACACCUGGCCGUCUACAGCUGUCGGCUCAGCAACCUCCGAGCCCCGUCGACAAAUAUACGACUUCGGGGCGGCCACGGCUGCAGGAGGACGGUGGCCGUGGAAUCCGAUGUCGUGGAGGAGGAAGCCACUCCGAAGGCAGAGAUCCCCGCUCUCAGCCUCCGGGACACAGCUCGCUACUUUUUGCAGCGUCUGUCGGAGGCAGAUCGAGGGAAGCUGAGCGCUAACGUCAAAGGGCUGAAUGGCUGCGAAAUCAAGCUGGGCAGCACUUGCUCAGGGACAGAUGUGUGCACGAACGUGUUCAAGCACACGCUGCAGUUCCUGGCCGAGCAACACCAGGUCUCCAUCAGCGUCAAACAUGUGCUGGCAGUGGAGCUGGAUAAAGGCAAGCGCGAUUUUCUGAUGCGCGCACACAAGCCCACCUUCUGCCUUUUCGAAACGGUGGACAUGUUCGCCAAGGGCAAGACUGCAUUCUGCCACACGUGCCGGCGAGUACACGAGGCGCCUGACGUCGACGUUCUUGUGGUCGGCUCCAGCUGCAAGUCCAUUUCAAGGAUGAACAACUCGCGGACAGACUACCAGGAUUGCUACCAGAAAGGCAAGGGCUGUUCUGGGAGCACGUACCAGAAUGGUGUCCUGCAAGCGAGCAAAGAGUUGGCUCCAGCCCUUCUCUUCUUUGAGCAAGUCGUAGGCAUUUUGGAUUCGCCGGUGCAGAAGAACGGCAAGAGAAAGACUCCUUUGGUCCAGGCCGGUCGGGGAACAUGA